AAAUCGUCUACCAUUGGAAUGCCGACGGCAGGAUCUGUUGGACGCAUAGCAUUUCACCGGUAUGUGCAGUCCCGGAUGAGGGGUGGAGGAGGCGGCGCCUCGUCGGCAUUCUGUAGGUCCCUCCAUCUCCAACGCCCCCACCAGUUUGUCGGUCUUCAGCCAAUUCUGGUGAGCCUUGCCACUCAUGUACCUGCGGGUCGGACUGCUGAAAUGGUUCGCUUCCGAAACAUGGCGCUCCUGGUUUAGCUAUCAUUCGAAUUAAAAGCAAACGUAACUCAACAUGGAAGGAUUGGACCUACUGAGUAUCGACGCGAUGAAAACCAGACCCAACCAACUGCGAAUUAUAUCUAAAAUCCCCUGCCAUGAUAGGUUAUGUGGUUUCUCUGUUGCUCUUCCUUUGGUUUUAUUCGAUGUUUCACCCUUUAAAUCACAGGAAUAAACGAAUUUCUUGUGCCCCUAUUCACGGUUACCGGUCGUUGCUUGAGCCAACCCUUCUCCUACAAGCUAGAUUUGCCUCUAAUGCACCUGAAUUAAUCAGGAGCGGGUACGAGAAGUUUAAGGACAGACCUUUUGUGGUUCGCCGCUAUGAUGCCGACAUUACAAUACUUCCGCACAAAUAUGUGGCUGAACUCUGCUCAGCCCCAGCCAGUAUUAAGAUGAGUGCUGUAAAAGUUCAAGUCGCGAACUUGGUCCACAGAUGGACCUAUUCAUCCUUCAUAGAACAUUCAGACCUUCACUUUCGCGUCGUGGAGAAGAAGCUCAUUCCUCAGCUGCCUAAAUAUAUCUAUGCGGCCACGAAGGAAAUGGAGCAUGCGUGGCUUACCAAUGUUCCCAAGCCCCAGGAUUGGACCGAAGUUGACAUACAACAUAUAAUUCGUACCCUCGUUUCUCAGAUGUCAUCUAGGAUUUUUCUGGGGCUCCCUACGUGUCGAGACCCAGAAUGGCUUAACUUGGCACUCACCUUUCCCGCCGACGUGAAUACCACCGCGUUCACGCUUCGAGCCUUUCCUCCGUGGAUGCACCCGAUUAUUGCCCGACUAAUCCCCGCAAGAUACAGGGUGAAGAGGAAGAUUGACUUGGCUACGGAGAUCAUCAGACCCUUGAUUAGCAAUGAGGGCGAGAGACAAGACAAGGGAGACGGCGGAGGAGACGAUACGCUACUGGACUGGAUGAUGAGUAAUGGGGACGAGAAGGAGACACGCGUUGGCGAGAUGGCGACUCGCCAAUGUCUCUUGGCACUUGCAAGUACUCAUGCGACAUCAAUGGCGGCGGCCAAUGCUCUGUUCGACCUUUGUACCCAUCCGGAAUGGUUCGCAGUACUUGAAGAUGAAAUCAACGAUACACUCAGAGAUCGAGGCUUCCUAAACUCGGAGAAAGGCGCCAGGGAAUGGCUAUCAAGCCUUGAGAAAAUGGACAGCUUCCUCGUGGAGAGUCAACGACUACAUCCGCCGAUUCUUCUAUCACCUCAGCGGGAGGCAAUGGUACCGUUUAUCCUGAAAGACGGUACAUGCAUACCGAAAGGAUGCCGGGUUGCAUGGGCAGCCAGUAGUCACCUAAACGACCCUCACGUCACACCGAACUCGGAAGUUUUCGACCCUAUGAGAAGUUACCGCAAGCGUUACUCCUUAGACCGACGGAGUAAGCACCUUGCUGGUCAAACUAACAUAGAUAAUCUGGCAUUCGGAUACGGGAGACUAGCUUGUCCAGGUAGGGCGUUUGCGGUAGCCGAGGUCAAAGUUCUUCUAGUGAAAUUUCUGACUGAAUUUGACUUCAAGUUUCCCAAAGGGAUAAGCAUGCUACAUUAUAAGUCAGCGGAUGAGAUUGUGUUCCCAGACCCCAAAGCAAGAGUAUUGAUGAGGAAGAAGCUCUGUAGAAAGACGCAAGCAUGAUCGGCAGUAAGAAGAUGCCUCGUGUCUCAAUAGAAUGCGAUCUUGGUACUGUUGACUUUCU